CAUUUCAGAAUUUGGGUCCAAUGGAAAGACCCCUAGAGGCCCAAAAAUUGUUAGAAAUGUAUCGGUUGUUGGGUACUUCAGAAGAUUGAUGCUUUUUGACAAUGCCAUUGUUCUGGUGGCGACCGCUGCCGCUGCUUAUAUUGAUUCAGCUAUUUGGGCCCCACAAACUACAUGUUGAAGCUUUACUUGCUUUCAAAAGCACAGUUUCCAAUUCUCGAGAGUUUCCUAGGAUUGGGAAAUACCCCGCAGGGAGACAAUGGGAGUGUGUCAACUGUUAUAAGCUGAAAGAUCUGAGUGUUGUUUCAUUGUCAAGAACCACAACAAUCAAGUCAAAACUGGAUGAGGGUACCAAUGUUCCAACAUACACACCAGUACAAGAAGUUGAUUCAAAAAAACCAAGCAAACAGAAAUUAGCUGCCAUUAUUGGUGGUGCUGCUGCUGCGUUGGUUGUGGUAGUAAUUGUAGCAACAGUAUACUUCUGCUUGAUGCGCCUAAAAAGAUUAAUAAGGAGAGCAUCUGAUACGGCUUCUUCUGAGCCAUCACCUACUGUCGAGUGGGAAAGAGGGUUUGCUUCCCCGGGUGCUGUAGAUCUCUCUGUUCUCAAUACACAGAAUCUGAGGCCAUUUACAAUUUCAGAGCUGGAGAAUGCUACGGGCAAUUUUAGUUGGGGUAAUAUUAUAGGAGGAGGUGCGUUUGGUUUAGUUUACAAAGGAUUGCUUGAAGAUGGAUCUGUUGUGGCCAUCAAGAGACACAUACAGUAUCCAAUUCAGUUUUUUGUUCACGAGGUAAAGCACAUAGCUCGUGUCCACCAUAAGCAUCUUGUCAAGCUUAUUGGUUACUGUGAAGAGAACCAACAGCAGUUGCUUGUGUAUGAAUAUCUCCCAAAUGGAAAUGUUGGAAACCAUCUGUAUGAUAGUGAAGGUCUGCCAAUUGGAAAGCUAGAUAUGCGGCAGAGGUUAUUAAUUGCUUUGGGUGCAGCAAAAGGACUUGAGCAUCUUCACAGUUUGAUGCCUCCUGUCCUGCACAUGCGCUUCAAAACGAGAAACAUGCUUGUGGAUGAAAAUUUGACUUGCAAGGUUUCUGAUUUUGGACUUCAAAAAUUGCUGGCUGAGGGCUAUCAUGCUGGAUCAUCUUCAGCAAUUGAUUGCUUUGUUGACCCGGAGUAA